CGCCUCUCUGAUUGAGGGGAGCAGGAACCGCAAUCUGGAGCCCAGUGCUCCGGGUGGGUGGCAGGACCCCAAGGCGGUGGGCGGGACGCAGGUGUCCGCAGCCGCAGGGCCCGCGCCCCAUCAGGGCCCCACGCGCCCCCAGCGCGCCCGGCCCGCCGCUCCUCCCUCUCCCUCGCUGGUUGGCCGGGGCGCGGCGGAACGCGGCAGCAGGAGGAGCCGGGCGCGGCCGCCACGCAAAACCACAGCGCUAGCUGGGCUGCGGGCUGGCCGCGCGAUCCCAGAGGCGGCCGUCAGUGACAGCAACAGCAGCUACGCCGGUGUUCGGCGCGCACCCUCCGCCUGGGGCCCCCGCGCCCGCCGCCCCGGCCCCCGCGCGACGCCCGAGCUCCGCGCAGCAUCGCUGCGGCCGCCCUAGCCAGGAGCCAUGGGGAAGCCAGCGAGGAAGGGGUCCGACUGGAAGCGCUUCGUGAGGAACAACUGGCUGCUGCUGUCCACCGUGGCCGCCGUGGUGCUAGGCAUUGUCACAGGAGUCUUGGUUCGAGAACACAGCCAACUCUCAAAUCUAGACAAAUUUUACUUUGCUUUUCCUGGAGAAAUUCUAAUGAGAAUGCUGAAGCUCAUCAUUUUGCCAUUAAUUGUAUCCAGCAUGAUUACAGGUGUUGCUGCCCUGGAUUCCAACGUAUCUGGAAAAAUUGGUCUGCGGGCUGUGGUGUAUUAUUUUUGUACCACCAUCAUUGCUGUUAUCCUAGGUAUUGUGCUGGUGGUGACCAUCAAGCCUGGUGUCACUCAGGAGAUGUCUGAGAUUGACAGGACAGGCAACAGCCCUGAAGUCAGCACAGUGGAUGCCAUGUUAGACCUGAUCAGGAAUAUGUUCCCUGAGAACCUCGUGCAAGCCUGUUUUCAGCAGUAUAAAACUAAGCGUGAAGAAAUACAGUCUUCCACUGAUUCUGAGAGGAACAAAACAGAGGAUUCUGUCACCACCGUCAUGACAGCAAUCUCUCAGAACAAAACGAAGGAAUACAAAAUUGUAGGCAGUUACGCAGAUGGCAUAAACGUCCUGGGUUUGAUUAUCUUUUGCCUCGUUUUUGGACUUGUCAUUGGAAAAAUGGGAGAAAGGGGACAGAUUUUGGUGGAUUUCUUCAAUGCUUUGAGUGAUGCAACCAUGAAAAUCGUUCAGAUCAUUAUGUGCUACAUGCCCCUUGGGAUUUUGUUCCUGAUUGCUGGGAAGAUCAUAGAAGUUGAAGACUGGGAAAUAUUUCGCAAGCUGGGUCUCUACAUGGCCACGGUCCUCAGUGGGCUUGCAAUCCACUCUAUUGUAAUCCUCCCACUGAUAUAUUUCAUAGUCGUACGAAGGAACCCUUUCCGAUUUGCCCUGGGCAUGGCCCAGGCUCUGCUGACGGCACUCAUGAUCUCUUCCAGUUCAGCAACUCUACCUGUCACCUUCCGCUGUGCAGAAGAAAAGAACCACGUGGAUAAGAGGAUCACUAGAUUCGUGCUGCCUGUUGGUGCCACAAUCAACAUGGAUGGGACCGCACUUUAUGAAGCAGUAGCUGCCGUGUUUAUUGCACAGCUGAAUAACUUGGACUUGAGCAUUGGGCAGAUCAUCACGAUCAGCAUCACAGCCACAGCCGCCAGCAUUGGAGCUGCUGGCGUGCCCCAAGCUGGCCUGGUGACCAUGGUGAUCGUGCUGAGUGCUGUGGGCCUGCCUGCUGAGGAUGUCACCCUGAUCAUCGCUGUCGACUGGCUCCUGGACCGGUUCAGGACCAUGGUCAACGUCCUCGGUGAUGCUUUUGGGACUGGCAUUGUGGAAAAGCUGUCCAAGGAGGAGCUGGAGCAGAUGGAUGUUUCAUCUGAAGUUAACAUUGUGAAUCCCUUUGCCUUGGAAUCCACAAUACUUGACAAUGAAGACUCAGACACCAAGAAGUCCUACAUCAAUGGAGGCUUUGCAGUGGACAAGUCUGACACCAUCUCAUUCACCCAGACCUCCCAGUUCUAGAGCCCCUGGCUUCAGAUGACUGGAGUGAUGAAGGACACCUCCGUAGCAGUCAUCUCUUAAUGAAGCCAAACAUUUAGGAAAAUAAAAACAAUGGUCAGUUGUACAUUUAGUUUGAUAUACAGACCUCCAGAUUAUUUUCUAUAUUUGGCUUGAUAAGCCUUUGCUGUCUGAGUUUUGCUGUCUGGAGUAAGAUGGGGUAAAUAAGGUUUAAAAGGAAAUUGUAUGAUCUGGCUCUUAAAAAUUCUGUCAGACAAAGUAUGGAAGUACAUAUAAUGUUGGAAUUAGGAAAUAGUGGAGGAGAAAUUGUUUUCUCAUAUACAGACCAGUGUCUUGGAUUUUAGAGAAGAAAUUCUCUCAUUGGCAACAAAUUUUUACUCAGGCUUUAUAUUGGAGUGGAUUUCCUUUGACUUCUUACCUUUUAUAGAUAAUAAUGCAUCUAAACAACCCCAUCCAGUUAAUGUGCCAAACUCUCCAUUUUGAACUCAUCUCGAGCCAAUUUCAAAGAAUCUAUUUUAAAAAAACCAGCACAGUUCUGAAACAACAGUUUUUAGGAUGAACAUAGGCUUCAGGGGUAAGGGAGGAGGAUUCUUUUUUAAAUGUACUGUAUUGGGACACUGGUUACUGUUAAUCCAGUGUUCAGUAUAGAACUAUAUAUAUGUGUGUAUAUAUAUAUUUAUUAUUUUCAUAUAAUUUGCAAGACAGAGAUCAGAAUUGAACUGUCAAUGUGAAAAACAACCUCUCCUUGUACUUGAAUAACUACAGUUCCAACCCAAGUCUGCUUCACGGCUUAUCAGGUCUCCUUUCUCAGGAGCACUAGAAUGAGAAAUCAUAUUGUCAGGCUGUCUGUGUAUCUUCCCUAAAGCAAGGAUGCACUUUGGUGACACUCCAGGAUGGCAGAGCUGCUCCAUUAAAAUAUCCAGAUUCAAGCUGCCUGGAAGAAACCCAUACCAAUUCUACACACAAUUAUAUACAAAGAUAUUACUUCAAGAAGGUUGGCUGUUCUUCUGUCCCACUGGAAGGCUUCAUUCUUCCAAGUUCACCCACAUCCACUUUUAAAGAGGCCAAUACUUUGCUGCCUUUGCACUUUUGUAUCUAUCGGGGCCCAAAUACACUGGCAAGCUACCAGAUGGCUUGUAUUUUAAAGUAGAGUCUAUUGGCUAAAUACACCACCAUGCACAUAAGCUGUUCCUACCCUGUAUUUGUGUAGAGUUGAUCCCAUGACAUGAGACAUCGGUAUCAGUGGUGCAGGGCAAAUUCUUCCAUCCUAUGACACUGGUCCUGCCUCCUCCAAAAAGGAUUGUUCUAACUCCUACUCUUGGCCCUGCUCCUUCAAAUUCUUUGCUAGUCAUUCUCUGCUUUAAUGAAUAUAGAUUAUUAAAGCUUGUGCUUCAAUUCUCAUCUUGUAAAUAAUGCUUAACAUAAACUUGUACUUACACUUAAAUCCCAAAUAGUCAUUUCUGUAGCAAUAUGUACCCACCUUAAACCCGUACCUUCAUAUUGAAAAGAAACCAGAAAUUGUGCCAAAGAUAGCCGAAAAGAAAAUAAAUGCUUAGUAUUGAUGACCUGGGCCUGAAAUCUCUAAGGAAAGAUACUGAAUUGAUAUGUAAACUUCAUAGUGGCCAUUGAUUCUAUGUGAAUUUAAAAUGAAAGUAUUAGAAUUAUUUAUAGGAAAUAUAAAUAUGAUUAAAGUUGAAUCAAUGAUUUAUUUUGGGCUAAACUGUUCUAUACCCUAUUACAUGGCUCUAACCCAUGGCACUAGAGUCGGAAGAUCUCUUCAUGAACUGCAGAUCAUCCUUACUUUGGAAUUUGUAGCCAACUUUUUAACACACUGUGCUGUUAAAAAGAACGUUCAUUUCAGUGUCAAUAAACAUGUCCCUCAUUCUUC